CCCGCUAGUAGCUCGCGGAGAGUCUGACACAGCUAGCUACAGUAAUAGAUAGCAUGCGGGAGUCGAUACAUGCCAUUCGUUGUGACUUCCUGAGCCCCCAAGGUUAUUCCUAUCAAAAAAACUCACAGGUGAUGGUUCUUCCUCAUAACUAUCCUCGCAAGAUGACAAGCCACUCUCCAUGACUCUCCGCAAUAUGACUAAUGCUUAUCUUCGUAUAUUGUAAAUGAUUAUAAUAACCAUAAAGUCAGCCUUUAGUGAAAAGGACUCUGACC